GGAGCGGGGCCGGGGGGGGGGGGUGCGGUGGCCGUUCCCGGCGCCGGCGGCAGCGGCGCGGCGGCGAUGAGCCUCCGCCCGGCCCGGCUGAGGAGGGCAGGCGGGCGGAGGGACGCGGCGCCUUAGGCCGGGCCCCCGCGGCCCGUGUGCCGCUCGCCACUACCGGCGGGGUCCCGCGGCCGCGGAGCUGAGGGAGCGCCGCUGACCGCAGCCGCCCGCUCGGGCCCUGCCGGCCCCGGGGCAAGCGAGGGGGACGCGCGGGCAGCGGGGCGGCUGAGCACCCCCCCCGGGGGGGCGGGGGCCGUCGGGGCGGCCCGGCCCCCCCCUCCCCUCCCUUCCCCCGCGCCCGGUGGCCCGGCGGGCCAGGGGGGGGCCGCGGCCCGGUGCCCGCGGGCAGGAUGGUGCAGCCGCCCCCAGCCCCCGCGCCGGGCCGGGAGGCGGCCGGGGCGGGCCGGGCCGGGGCCGCCGGCCGGAGGGGCUGAGGGUGCCGCGGGCUGCGCGGCGGGCGGGCGGCGGAAGGAUGACCACCCCUGCCCUGCUGCCGCUGUCCGGGCGGCGGUUGCCCCCCCUCGCCCUGGGGGCCGCCGCCUUCCCGCACCACAGGGCUACCCUGAGACUGUCGGAAAAAUUUAUCCUGCUCCUUAUUCUUAGUGCCUUCAUCACCCUGUGCUUCGGGGCGUUCUUCUUCCUCCCCGACUCCUCCAAGCACAAGCGCUUUGACCUGGGGCUGGAGGAUGUGCUCAUUCCUCACGUGGACACCAGCAAAGGGGGCAAGAACCUCGGCGGGUUCCUCAUCCAUGGCCAAGGGCACGACGAGCACCGGCACAGAGAAGAAGAGGAACGUCUGAGAAAUAAGAUCCGAGCAGAUCAUGAAAAGGCUCUGGAGGAGGCGAAGGAGAAACUGAAGAAAUCACGUGAUGAGAUUAAAGCUGAGAUUCAGACAGAAAAGAACAAAGUAGUGCAAGAGUUGAAAAAGAAAGACAGCAAGCCAUUGCCCCCUGUUCCUUUACCAAAUCUUAUAGGGAUAAACAGUGGAGAACCAGCAGACCCGGAUGUGCGAGAGAAGAGGAACAAAAUUAAAGAGAUGAUGAAGCAUGCCUGGGACAAUUAUAGGCAAUAUGGAUGGGGACAUAACGAGCUCAAACCAAUUGCCCGGAAAGGACAUUCCACCAACAUAUUUGGAAACUCACAAAUGGGUGCUACCAUAGUAGAUGCAUUGGAUACUCUUUAUAUCAUGGGGCUUCACGAUGAAUUCAGAGAAGGACAAGAGUGGAUCGACAAAAAUCUUGAUUUCAGUGUGAAUUCCGAAGUGUCUGUCUUUGAGGUCAAUAUUCGCUUCAUUGGCGGUCUUCUAGCAGCAUACUACCUUUCAGGACAAGAGGUUUUCAAGAUCAAAGCAGUGCAACUGGCGGGAAAACUUCUUCCAGCCUUCAACACCCCUACGGGUAUACCAUGGGCAAUGGUGAAUCUGAAAAGUGGCGUGGGUCGAAACUGGGGCUGGGCUUCUGCCGGCAGCAGCAUCCUUGCAGAGUUUGGAACCUUGCACAUGGAAUUUGUCCACCUCAGCUAUUUGACAGGGGACCCUGUAUACUACAACAAGGUCAUGCACAUUCGGAAGUUGCUUCAAAAAAUGGAUCGUCCUAAUGGACUUUAUCCAAAUUAUUUGAAUCCAAGAACAGGCCGAUGGGGUCAGCAUCACACAUCCGUGGGCGGGCUGGGAGACAGUUUUUAUGAAUAUUUAUUGAAAGCCUGGCUCAUGUCAGACAAGAUGGACACGGAGGCAAGGAAAAUGUACGACGAUGCAAUUGAGGCCAUAGAAAAACAUCUCAUCAGGAAGUCCAAUGGAGGACUGACCUUCAUUGGGGAGUGGAAGAACGGGCACCUUGAAAGAAAGAUGGGCCAUUUGACCUGUUUUGCAGGGGGAAUGUUUGCCCUUGGAGCAGACGGUUCCAGAGAUGAUAAAGCUGGACAUUAUUUGCAGCUUGGAGCUGAAAUUGCACAUACGUGUCAUGAGUCAUACGACAGGACAACAUUAAAGCUGGGUCCAGAAGCAUUCAAAUUUGAUGGUGGUGUAGAGGCGGUGGCAGUGCGGCAGAACGAGAAGUAUUACAUCCUAAGGCCAGAGGUGAUUGAGACCUACUGGUAUAUGUGGAGAUUCACCCAUGAUCCCAAGUACAGGCAGUGGGGCUGGGAGGCAACGCAGGCAAUUGACAAGUAUUGCCGAGUCAGUGGUGGGUUUUCUGGUGUCAAGGACGUCUAUUCCUCAUCUCCUACAUAUGACGACGUACAGCAGAGCUUUUUCCUUGCUGAAACUUUGAAGUAUUUGUAUCUGCUUUUCUCCAACGAUGACCUUCUACCACUAGACAACUGGGUUUUUAACACAGAAGCUCAUCCUCUGCCUGUUUUACAUUUAGCCAACACCACACUGUCAGGAAAUCCUGCAUAUCGAUAAAAACAGCUCUUUGAAGAGGAUAAGAGACUGUUUUCAGCUCUGUUUUGUUUACAUGGACCACUUGAGACUUUAAGCAGGAGAGGAGACAGACGCUUGAUAAAACGAGACCUCUGAGGAAAGCAAGUACUGGCGUGAGAAAUGAAGCACUUCAGCAUAUAGAUAAGUUAAAAGUUCUGUUUUACACAUGACCAAAACACAUUAGUGUGGUAUUUGCAGGACAGAAACUUCAUGUGCUUUGAACCCUAGCAAGACAUGGAAGCUACUGUUUAAUAUAAAUGCAGCAGCGUAAGGAAGAAGAGGCUUUCCCAUUCAGGGAGAGGAACUUGCGGCUGCUGCUGUUUGCUGUUGAAAGGAACAACACACCAGUCACAUCUUCAGAUCGGGUGGGUUCCAAAUACCUAGAUUUUAUUUUUCUUUUUCUUUGUUUGAUGAUGGCAUGAACAAAGCAACAACAAAAAGCAACAUCACUGCACCAGCAGCAUCAGGAUUUGAAUAUUUUUUUUUUCUGUACCUGUCUGAAUUUUCUAAGGAGGAUCUGUUUGUCCGGAUUGGCAGCCAUUCUCAGGGCCUCUAAGCUAUUAAAGCUAAACUCUAAAAACUAUUUCCCUCCUCAUUUUCCCUUUUCAAAUAAUGCUUUUAUAAUAAGAAAGAUCUGUGGUGUAUGCUUACAUCCAAAAAACCAGUUAGUAAGCAUUUGGUUUGUAGUUCACUGUCAGCAAUGUGGGCUUAGUUCAUUUGGCAAGUACAGUCACAGAGUCUGGAGCAUAUCAUGGGUAGGAAGGAGGCUAAGUUUCCCUUCCUCAGAAAUCCUGUCAUAUCGGAAAAAAUCUUUCUUAUUAGUCCUGGUUCUUAAAGCUAAAUAAACACAGAUGACAACAUGAGAAAAACAUGAGAUUUGUAUAGGAGGUUACGUUAUAUGGUACUUAAAAAUGCUCCCUGUGAGCUAAGCAGCAGGAGUUUGUUGCUUUAUGUUUUUCCACACCAUCUGGAUUUUUCCCAAAAGUUACAAUUUCAUUCUCUGGGUACUAUUCACAGAACCUUUUCUGCAGGUGUGUGUAUGACAGAAGCCCCAAACUGCCUUUGAAUUAGUUUACAAAACUCCCUUUUCUUCUGGGUGCUCCAGUACAAAGCCAACAUGAUCAUCUUUGAAAAAAACGUAACAUCUCUUACGUACGAGUGCGAAAAGACAUGGUCUCUUCUUCCCUUGGUUUAUGAGAAAUUAAAUGCUACCUGCAUGUGUUUUUUUUCAAGUACUCCUGGGCUUGGCAGAACAAUAUCACUUAAGUGGAGUCUGCUUCAGUCUUCACUUAAUAGCUAAAAGAAGUUUUGUCUUUUCAGGUAUAUCUCAAUCUCUUUGUUUUACUGUUGCUCUAGAAUCCUUACAGCUCAAAUUAUUCCUUUUAUUCCCCUUCAUAGCUCUCAAAUUCUCUUACCAUGGUGGCUGGCCCCUUUGCUGAAAAAGAGCUGUGAGGUGCACCCUUCCUCCCUAAUUAGUGCACAGGCUGAGUCUCUAAAAAAAAUCUUGUGUUUUCAUACUGAAGUGAAUGGAAGAAUUCUUCAGUGAGCUACAGCAGUACAGCAUCAGAUCUAAAGGGAGUGAGGGCUAUUUGUCCCCCUCAAAAAAUCUUUUAUAUGAAGGUUUAUAUAUAAAAGCUUUUCUCUCUAUCAUAUUAUAACUGACUCUACGUUAUACUAGCAUUUCCCCCAUAAGAUUUUUCUUCACUCAUCUUUGACACUUAAACAUAGAAAUCAGGACAUGAUCUAAGAAAAAAUGCUAUCAAACGCUUUUUUCCAGUUACUUUAGUUUAAGAGGAGGAAGACUUAAAGCCUGGAAAAAACUCCCAUCUCAAAUGUUUUUACCUUAGUACCAGUACCAGUUACCAGCUACUGUAAUGUGCAGUAGUAUCUUAAAAAUAAUUAGAGAAUUAUAAAGUAAUCAAUAUAGUGAUAAUAAUGAUUCAAGUAAUUGUUUAUUUAAAAUGAGAAGUAGCUUAAUAAAUUGAUUCUUCUUACUGGUCCCACUUUAGUUCAUUUUUCUAAUUAGUAUUCAGUGACUUACUGAAGAGCUAAUCAUUUUUCAUUUUCCAAAGUUCAGACAUGUUGCAUUUUCAAAUUGAGUUCUUCCCAUCCCAUGAGAACUGUUACUAGUUUAAAACUGCACUCGAUCACCUUGUUCUCCUAAAUCUCUCUGGGUACAAAGGAGAAAAAUGAAAAGCAGAGACUUCUAUUUUCAAAAAGAAAAA